AUGGCCAUCAAAUUCACCGUAUACAAGGGCUCCAAGGAUGGAAUCAAACAGGCGGAGACCGAGCGGGAGGACCUCAAAAGAGACGAAGUCCUAGUACGAACCACCCAUUCGGGAGUGUGCGGCACGGACGUCCACUACCAGUCAGCCGAUAUGGCACUUGGUCAUGAGGGAGCGGGCGUGGUGGAAGCAACUGGUCCAGACGCGAAGAUUCUAAAGAAAGGCGACCGUGUGGGUUGGGGUUAUGAGCAUGACUGCUGUGGUUUCUGCAAGCCAUGCCUCACCGGUUGGGAGACAAUGUGCAGGGAGCGAAAAAUGUACGGCCUGGCCGAUCUCGACCAGGGAUCUUUCGGCAGCCAUGCCGUAUGGCGUGAAGCCUUUUUGUUCAAAAUUCCCGACAACAUGAGCAACGAGGAUGCGGGUCCCUUGAUGUGUGGUGGAUCAACUGUUUUCAACGCCCUCCAUGCCGCGCAGGUUCGUUCGACUGCUCGCGUUGGUAUCGUCGGAGUAGGUGGUCUGGGACAUCUGGCUAUCCAGUUCGCCGCAAAGAUGGGCUGCCAAGUUGUGGUCUUCUCCGGUACAGACAGCAAGAAGGAUGAGGCGAUGAAGCUGGGAGCCGGCGAGUUCUAUGCGACCAAGGGUGCGAAGGAGUUGAAGAUCAAAGCUCCUAUUGAUAACCUCAUCGUGACGACCAGCAGUCAGCCAGAUUGGUCAAUCUACUUGAGUAUCAUGGCUCCCAGUGGUGUCAUUUCGCCUCUGUCCGUCGAUUCAAACGAUCUCAAAAUCCCAUACAUGCCGCUGCUUUUGAAUGGCCUUCGCAUUCAAGGAGGCAUUGUGGGUUCGAGACAGGUCCACAAGGAUAUGCUUGAAUUUGCCUCAUUCCACAAUAUCAAGCCUGUCAAGAUGACCUUCCCUUUGACGUUGGAUGGCGUGAAGCAAAGCUUGAAGACAUUGGAAGAAGGAAAAAUGCGUUAUCGUGGCGUUUUGGUGGCACCCUAA